GCAGCAGAAGGAAAAUACAUGAAAUACAAGGACCCGAAGCAGCCCAUCGACGAACGCAUCAAGGAUCUCAUGGGCAGAAUGACUCUGCCGGAGAAGAUCGGCCAGAUGGUCCAAAUCGAUCGGGUUAACGUCACCGCCGAUAUCAUGAAAAACUACUUCAUCGGGAGUUUGUUGAGUGCUGGGGGGAGCGUGCCGGAGCCGGAGGCAACGCCGGAGACAUGGGUGAAGAUGGUGAAUGAGUUGCAGAGGGGGGCGUUGGGGACGAGACUGGGAAUACCCUACAUCUAUGGAAUAGAUGCGGUGCAUGGGCAUAACAACGUCUACAGGGCCACCAUCUUCCCGCACAAUGUCGGCCUUGGAGUUACCAGGGAUCCUGAUCUUGUGAAGAGGAUUGGUGCAGCUACUGCACUUGAAGUAAGAGCCACGGGCAUUCAGUAUGCUUUUGCUCCAUGCAUUGCGGUAUGCAGAGAUCCAAGGUGGGGAAGGUGUUACGAGAGCUACAGCGAAGACCACAAGAUUGUGCAGAUGAUGACAGACAUCAUUCCUGGCUUGCAAGGAGAUCUUCCCCCCAAUGCUACUAACUCUACGCCUUACGUUUCUGGAAAGGAGAAGGUAGCAGCGUGUGCGAAGCACUUCGUAGGGGAUGGAGGGACGGUGAACGGGAUAAACGAGAACAACACAAUAGCGACCUCCAAAAUGCUGUUCGGCAUCCACAUGCCCGCCUACUACGACUCCAUCUCCAAGGGCGUUUCUACCGUCAUGAUCUCCUACUCUAGCUUGAACGGCAUCAAAAUGCAUGCUAACCGCCACAUGGUCACCAACUUCCUCAAAAAAACCCUCAAAUUUAAUGGUUUUGUGAUAUCGGAUUGGCAGGGGAUUGACAGGAUCACCUCUCCUCCCCAUUCCAACUACACCUAUUCUAUUCAAGCUGCACUUCUAGCUGGCAUUGACAUGGUAAUGGUUCCAUAUAACUAUACGGAGUUUAUUGACGGGGUCACGGAUCUGGUAAACAAGAAGGUCGUCCCCAUGAACCGUAUAAACGAUGCAGUUCGAAGGAUAUUGCGGGUCAAGUUCACCAUGGGUCUCUUCGAAAACCCUCUUGCCGAUAACUCUCUCGCUCCCAAGCUUGGCUGCAAGGAGCAUAGAGAGCUAGCGAGGGAAGCCGUGAGGAAAUCGCUGGUGCUGCUAAAGAAUGGCAACUCUACGGUGGAAGGCCCAUUGCUUCCCCUCCCGAAGAAGGCCAAAAAGAUCCUUGUCGCUGGCACCCAUGCCCACAACUUGGGCUACCAAUGUGGCGGCUGGACUAUCGAGUGGCAGGGACUUAGCGGCAACAACCUCACCACAGGAACCACCAUCCUGGACGCCAUCAGGGCCGCCGUGGACCCAUCGACCCAAGUAGUUUUCAGCGAGAACCCGGCGGCAGACUUCGUGAAGGCCGGCGGGUUCUCCUACGCAGUGGUGGCGGUGGGGGAGCAGCCGUAUGCGGAGACCAAGGGCGACAACCAGAACCUCACUCUCCCAGAGCCGGGCCCCAUCACGAUCGCCAACGUGUGCGGGGCGGCGAAGUGCGCGGUGAUCAUAGUGUCGGGGCGGCCACUGGUGGUGGAGCCGUACGUGGGGUUGGUGGAUGCUCUGGUGGCGGCAUGGCUCCCCGGCAGCGAAGGGCAGGGCGUGGCGGACGCCCUCUUUGGGGACUACGGCUUCACAGGAAAGCUCGCCAGGACGUGGUUCCGGAGAGUUGAUCAGCUGCCCAUGAACGUCGGUGAUUCCGACUACGACCCUCUUUUCCCGUUUGGGUUUGGGUUGGAAACUAAGCCAUUGAAGCGGAAAAGAGGAUUCAUUAAUUAA